ACCUCCCCCUCCAUGUCCCCAUUCCCGCCCAGCAAUGGCCUCAUAACACCCACAAUGUCCUCGCGAACAAUCGCCCUACCAGGCCAACCCAUCGGCCCAACAAACACGCACAACAUCGGCUCAGGAACGCACAUCGCCGGCUCCCAACUCCACGCCAGCAUCGCUGGCCCCCUCACCACCACCCCCUCCACCACAAAGCCAUCAAAAGCCGCAACCCUCUCCAUUGCCCGCCCAACAGGCACCCUCCUCCCAGAAGUAGGCACCGUCGUCCUCGGCAAAAUCACACGCACAAACCCCCGACAAGCAAGCCUCAACAUCCUCGCUCUCGGCUCUACAGGCGCACACGUUUUGCGCGAACCAUUUCCCGCUCUCAUUCGGCAGCAGGACAUCCGCGCCACGGAGAUUGACAAGGUGAAAGUGAGCGAGAGUUUUCGCGUGGGCGAUGUGGUGCGGGCGCAGGUGAUUUCGUUAGGCGACGAGCGCAGCUAUUAUUUGAGUACGGCGAAGAAUGAGCUGGGGGUGGUGAUGGCCACGAGCGAGUGGGGAAAUCAGAUGGUUCCGGUUAGUUGGAGGGAGUUUUGGGAUGAGAAGAUGGGGGUGAAGGAGUUGCGGAAGGUGGCGAAACCAGUGUGAGGCGUGGGAUGAGAACGGAUGGAAGAUGGGAAUUACAGCAAGUCCAUUGCUGGAUCACUGAUGCGUGUCAUGGACGCUGGGAUCGGAUAUGUGCGAGGCGGCUCUCGACAUAUCAAGACGAGGCUGCUGGCCGAGCUACGCUGGCUUAAGUCCAUGCGGUUAAAUUGACAACGCAGCCACAGCAUGACAGCAGCAUAUCUCGGAGCAAAUGCCUGACGCUUCUCGACACUGCUGCGUGAUGCUUGCUGGGAGACACGAGGACCACGAGCACGCUCGGACAUUGGCCUUUACCUCUUCACGGCAUAGAGAUGAUUUCAAGAGAGGAUGAGAUGUGGAAGACAGAUACCAAACUGAAGCAACUUCACUG